UCCGCCGCCCGCCCGCCGCUCCUGCUGCGGCGAUUCCGGCUCCCGCCGCCGUCUGUCCGUCCCGCCCGCGGUCGGUGGGCGCUGCGGAGCCGGGAAGUUAUGAGCCUUUGACCUAACUCAAAAUGUACAAAGAAGAAUAAUGGAAGCCCCUGAAUACCUUGAUUUGGAUGAAAUUGACUUCAGUGAUGACAUAUCAUACUCAGUCACGUCGCUCAAGACCAUCCCAGAACUGUGCCGAAGAUGUGACUCACAAAACGAAGACCGAUCAGUUUCCAGCUCUAGCUGGACCUGUGGGGUCUCUACUCUCAUUACCAAGCCCACUGGCAUCGCUGACGUCUACAGCAAGUUUCGGCCUGUAAAGCGCGUCUCCCCACUCAAGCACCAGCCCGAGACCCUAGAGAGCAAUGAAAGCGAUGACCAGAAGAACCAGAAGGCAGAGUACCAGAAAGGAGGAGGUUCCGAGCCUGCCCCCCAACCUGAAGAGCUCAGCCCCGGAGACAGAGAAGUCGGUCUCCCGAGUAAAAGCACAGAGCCCGGCACAUUGCUGGGGGAGCUGGAGCAUUAUGAUCUGGACAUGGACGAGAUUCUGGACGUGCCUUACAUUAAAUCUAGUCAGCAACUUGCCUCUCUUCCCAAGGGGACUUCGGAAAAACGAAUUUUGGGUCUCUGUUCCACCAUCAAUGGCCUUGCCAGCAAAGCCUGCACCCAAGGAAGCACUGAGAGUUCACCUUCCAGCCUGGCGCCUUUCUGCAUUCUUUCUCCAGUGGCCAGUCCUCACCUGAGAAAGGCCUCAUCCCUUGGCCGCGACCAGCAGAAACUCCCCGAUGGGGAACCUGAGGGCUCCCCCUCUGCGGGGAAGUGUGGCUCUACACAGGAGCCUGAAAAUCAGAGUAGGGAUUUCUUGAACAAGACCUUUAAUGACCCCCAGAGUCGAAAAGGUGAGAAGGCAAUGCCGGACUGCCAGCUCAGGUCCUUCCUGGUGCCAUGCUCAUCUGUGGACCCCAAAACUGAGGAGCAGGUGGGUGGUGUGAAGUGGGCCAGCUCCCAAGGCCCGGAAGAAAGGAGUGAGUGUCUGAAAAAAGCCAAAAGCAUCUUAAACAUCGUUAAAGAAGGACAAAUCUCUCUCCUGCCACACCUCGCUGCCGACAACCUAGACAAAAUUCACGACGAGAAUGGAAACAAUCUCUUACACGUCGCAGCAUCCCAGGGACACGCUGAGUGUCUGCAGCACCUCACUUCUUUGAUGGGAGAAGAUUGUCUCAAUGAGCGAAAUGUCGAGAAACUGACUCCAGCAGGCCUGGCCAUCAAGAAUGGUCAAUUGGAGUGCGUCCGCUGGAUGGUGAGUGAAACGGAAGCCAUUGCAGAAUUGAGCUGCUCGAAGGAUUUCCCAAGCCUUAUUCAUUACGCCGGUUGCUUUGGCCAGGAAAAGAUUCUGCUGUGGCUUCUUCAAUUUAUGCAAGAGCAGGGCAUCUCAUUGGAUGAAGUGGACCAAGAUGGCAACAGCGCAGUCCAUGUAGCCUCCCAGCAUGGCUACCUGGGGUGCAUACAGACCUUGGUUGAAUACGGAGCAAAUGUCACCAUGCAGAACCAGGCAGGAGAGAAGCCCUCACAGAGCGCCGAACGCCAUGGGCACACGCUGUGUUCCCGGUACCUGGUGGUGGUGGAGACCUGCAUGUCACUGGCCUCCCAGGUGGUGAAGCUGACCAAGCAGCUGAAGGAACAGACAGUGGAACGGGUCACACUGCAGAACCAGCUCCAACAACUUCUUGAAGCCCAGAAAUCAGAGGGAAAGUCCGUCCUUUCUUCUCCCAGUUCACCAUCCUCUCCAGUGUCCAGAAAGUCCCAGUGGAAAUCCCCAGAUGCAGAGGAUGAAUCUAUAGCCAAAAGCAAACCAGGAAUUCAAGAGGGAAUUCAGAUGCUUGGGAGCCUGGCAGUGUCCAGUCGAAUGAGGAUCAAAGUGAAAGAUGAAGAUUCAGAUAAAAUCUUAAGACAGCUACUGGGGAAAGAUAUCUCAGAGACUGUCUGCACCCAGGAAAAACUGUCCUUGGAAUUCCAAGACUCUCAGGCCUCCUCUCGAAAUGCUAAAAGGAUACCCCCAGAGAAGAGGGAGCUGAAGUUAGCCAGGCUAAGGCAGCUGAUGCAGAGGUCCCUGAGUGAGUCUGACACAGAUUCCAACCAUUCCGAGGAGCCCAAGGGCACCCCAGUGCGCAGGGCAGACAGGCCCCGGCCGCAGCCCAUUGUGGAAGGUGGCGAGAGUGCAGAAAACACAGAAAGCCUGCACCUGAUGAUAAAGAAACACACCCUGGCCUCCACACGUAGAUUCCCUUUUGGGAUGAAGGCCUCCAAGUCCCUGGAUGGCCACAGUCCCUCUCCCACCUCUGAGAGCAGUGAGCCAGACUCAGAAUUCCAGUGCCCAGGCUUGGGAAAUCCGCCCCCUAGCUUGUCCCCAGGAGAGCCCUCUCAGCCCAGCCCGGACAGCUCUGCUGCCCAGAAGGUGGCCACCAGUCCCAAGAGUGCCCUCAAGUCUCCAUCUUCCAAGAGGCGGACAUCUCAGAACCUGAAACUCAGGGUGACUUUUGAAGAGCCCGUGGUACAGAUGGAGCAAAGCAACCUGGAACUCAGCGGGGAAAAGGAAAGAGAGAAGAGCAGGGCCCCUCCACGGGCCUCCGCAGGAAGUGAGGCAGGGGAUCAGCUAAAAAGGCCAUUUGGAACCUUCCGGUCCAUCAUGGAGACACUGAGUGGCAACCAGAAUAAUAAUAACAACUAUCAGGCGGCCAGCCAGCUGAAGACCUGCACCCUGCCUUUAACCUCCCUGGGAAGGAAGGCAGCCACCGAUGCCAAGGGGCAGCCCGUGAGCUUGGCUGGCAAAGGAAAGAGUAAGGCGGCGAUGUACAGCAGCUGUCUCAACCUCCCCUCUAACCCGCUGACUGAAGAACAUCUGCGUAACUAUGCACGGCAUAAUGACAUCAAUAGAAAAAUGAAGAAAUCCUACAGCAUAAAGCACAUUGCUGAGCCAGAGUCAAAAGAACUCUUCCUGUAAAUCACUUUUUUAUUGUCUCCCUUUGCUGCCCUUUGGGCACCCUUGGAACCUUCCAGACCAUCUUCUGUGGAAAUAGAACCAUGAGAACAAAACCUCACCAGCAGAACAGCAGAAUAUUAGGAUGCCUUAAAUUUAUAGUAGCAGACUAUAUAACACACAUUUUGGGGUGCUAUUUGUAUAUAUAUAACUUGUUUUUAAAGAGAUGCUGUUUAAAAGCAUGAUUUGGCUUAUGUUUUUUAAUGUCUUUCAUAUGUUUUUAAAGAUCGGAUUCACUCAACCUACCCACAAGACCUUCACCAGCCUCUGAUGCCAUUUUGUAUGCCAGCCUUUGCAUGAAUGUUCUCUAGUGUUGUCUGAACUUCCCUUUCCCAAUAACAUGGGUAAUUUGGGCUCAGGGUCUCAGUGAGACCAGGUUGGUGGUAUUGUUUUCUGUCAAGAGUGUUUUUUCUGUCAUUUCUACUUUUUUGUAUAAAGGAAAUAAAACAUU